GCAUGCUCAUUCUGGGUCGCGCGCAUCAUCACCAGUGUUGCUGGCACUGUGACUUUAAGAGCGAUUUUCAUAUACAAAUAUAUAAAUAAAUAAUAGAUUCCUCCGGUCCAUUAUAACAAACGGCAAAUAUUGUGUCAGAAAGCCAGCGGUUUUUCCCUUUAUCAUGGUGAAGAUCAGCUUUCAGCCCAUCACGGGACAAAAAGCCGAGAAAGAGGAGGGUGAUGGAGAUAAAACUCAAAUAUUCAUACCGCAUCCACACGUGGAAGAGGAGCUGGUCUUACCUGUCGGAAGGAAACGCUCCUCUCUGAGUGGACUUUGCUGUCUGACAACCGCACUGAUUGUCUUCACCUGCAGUUUGAUAUAUGCUUCAAUUUAUAUCUACCGCUACUACAUCAUUCCUCAGGCUCCGGAUCAGAGUCGGUUCCACUGCCGUGUCGUGUACGAGGACUCGGUGGCUGCUCCACUGCGAGGGUCUCACGAGCUGGAGGAGAGCGUUGGGAUCUACCUGAAGGAAAACUACGAGCAAAUCAGCAUACCUGUGCCCGACUUCAGCAACACAGACCCUGCUGAUAUCAUUCAUGAUUUCAACAGGGGUCUGACGGCCUACCAUGACAUUGCUUUAGACAAGUGUUAUGUCAUCGAGCUCAACACCUCUGUGGUCAUGCCACCACGUAACCUCUGGGAACUGCUCAUCAAUGUCAAGAAAGGCACUUACCUCCCCCAGACGUACAUUGUUCAGGAAGAGAUGGUCGUGACUGGCCGUGUUAAUAACAUGCAUCAGCUUGGCCGCUUUAUUUACCAUCUGUGUAACGGUAAAGAUACGUACAGGCUCCAUCGCCGCACCUCACGUCGUCGUAUCACCAAGCGUGAUGCGCAGAACUGUCACAGAAUCCGUCACUUUGAGAACACUUUCGUGGUGGAGACAGUGAUUUGUGAGACUCCAUAGGCUGUUUGUCUCUUUGGCCCGCCUAUUUCUGAUGAGAUCACACCUUUUGGUCUCAGUAGCCACACCCCUUUGAAAAUCACACUUCAACCUCUAAUUCUUCAUGUCUUUACACCCCAUUUCUCUCUUUUUGUACUUCUCUCUCUGUACCUAGUAAUUCAUUACAAAUGUCCCCUUGAAGGUGUCUGAACAGUUUGUGUCUGCAUAUUUGCAAUAAUGAGCAUUUUCAAAAUGAUGCAUUUAAAAAUGUAACUGUAGCAUCUGAAGUCUUCAAAUGAGAAGAUUACAUGGGCAUUAAGCUGCACAAUGCCUGCAUGCUCGUGCCUGCGUGUAACUGGCUGUUUGUGCUCCAUCAAACUGCUCUUUGCUCUCUUAUAUAUUUGUGUGUUUUUAGACCUAUUCUUGGAUAGAGAUGCACCGACACUGUGGCCAAAAAUACCAUAAAAUGGUGCGAAAACAGGCCGAAAAUAUUAUCAGAAAGCAUCACUCUUACAUCCAAUCUCUGAACUCAGGUUCAGUUAAUGUACACUGCAAAAAAGUAAUUUUCUUAGUAGUUUAGUCUUGUUUCCACUAUUGGUUAAGCACAUUAUUAUAAAGAAAGUUUGCUUGUGCAGACGUCUUGAGGCUAUUUUGCUCAACACAUUUGGAAUGGUAAAGAGUCUUCUGUUGCUAAAACACAAAACUGUUUUUUGGCCUGAUUUGUGUGGUGUUGAGCACAAUAUUCACUUUUCUUUCGGUGCAUCACUACUCAUGGAUAUCCUAACUGAUCCUAGUGCCAGUUAAAUCGUCUGAUGAAAAAUCGCAGCCAUCAUCACAUUUAUCACAUGUGUAUGUUUACUACGUAUCUCGAUAUCCAGUAUCACUUCAGUGCUUCUACAACACGCUUCCUGUGCCACUUCCUCUUUUCUUCUUUCUCUCUCUGCAUGCUUUUCAAGACAACACAUGCAUUGUUUGAGUAUUUUCUUAUAUGAGUGAAGCCUUAGGCCAGAUUCAUGCCCUGGACUAAUGUAUACAAUCUCAAAAGCUCUUCAUGUUUAUGUGUGUUGAAGUUAAAAACCUUGUUUAGUUGGGUGAAGCAAACAUGUAAAUAAACCAAUAAGACCUAGCUA